UUUCCCAACAGUAUAGAAACAAACUCAAACUCAUGUUUUUAGCAUUUAAGUUGGUAGAGCUGAUUCUACCUCUCUGUUCUUAGGGUUAGGGUUAGUAUGUGGGCAAUCUGCCAGUUUCGUUUACCAGUUGACAUUUGACAUAAUUCUAGGGCGGAGUUACGGCCGCUUAUAAAGAAGAACCAGGAAGCUGGUGAGUUGGUUCAAUUUUUUUUGUUUUGAAGAAGGAGCUGCAAGUUAUCUUGCUGCUGAACUGCUUAAAAUGUCAACUCUCAACUAAUUUGAAUGGAGGAAGACUUGCUGGACAGACGGUAUGUCCUCAGCGGCUUUGACGACCGCUGCCCCUCCGACACCAUCUCCAUGUACAUCCACAGCUGCAGCCACGGGGCGGAGCACAGCUGGGAGGCUGCAGGUGGAGACAGCAUCGUGGUCACAUUUGAAGAGGACAUAGAUGGACACCAAUUCAUGCAGAAAACUUUAACCAAGAGGUUUAACGAAAAAAGGAUUGAGGCUUGUCGUUUGGAACUGACCAAAUCUGUUAUUGUACAUGUAGACAUUAGUCAAUUUUCUGAAGGAUACCUUGCAGUGUAUUUCGCAUUGGAAAUGAUGAGUGGAGGGGACAUGUUUAAGUCCUUGGUCCGGGCCUACCGAAACAAUAGCAUUGUUAUUACCUAUGAAGACUGGAAAGUUGCUCAGAGGGUGGCUGAACGCAAACACACUCUGAAGGAAAAAGAGCUUGUUGCACAACUCUUCUACCCUGACUUCCAGUGGGUUCUGAAAGGGAAAACACCCCAUCGGUCAAAGUUCUCAACUGAUAUAGCCAUUCUAGUCCCACCCGAACUCCUGAGUUUUAUCAGUCACACUGAGAUAUUCAGAGAAGAGCUCACAUCUGCACUUCAAAGGGUCCAUGCAAUGGUUUCCUUCAACAUUAUCUCCAAGCACCCACAAUUGGAGCUGAAGAUAUCAAUGAGCAAGAAUUUAUUGGGUCAUCUCCGGCAUGGCCCCGCUUGGGAGACUAAUGCUCGAAUAGAGGUUCGGACCAUCUUGGAGAGAUACAUUGUGGAGCACAUCCCAAUGAAGGCUGAGGUCUGGCAGAGAGUUAAGGGUGGUUGUCCCGAAGUCAAUGCUGCUACCGCCCUCAUCUCUUUUAAAAUCUGCACCUCAGAGUUAGUGGUUGUCAGGAGACGGGUGGAAGGGGAGACACUUGCCUUGCUCAAGAUCAUGAGCAAGAUGGAAAAGGCCAAAGAUGAGCGGCAAGUAGUGAAUAGCACCAUCGAUCUCGAGGUGUUCCUUGAAAAGGUGCAAACAGCAGAACUCCUAAUCUAUCAAAUCCAAGAAAUAUUGACUUUCAAAAAGCUUGAUUCUUCCUAUCACCUUGCAAGGUUUUUGGAACCCCUUGAUUUACAUAAUUUCCAAUAUUAUAACUUUUAUCAGGACAACAUUGUGGCCGUACUGAUCUGUGGCAAAGAUUCUGUCACAGUUCUCGCUAAGAAGGGCGAUAUUGACAGAGCUGAAUAUAAACUCAAGGAGGUAAUCAAGCAAGCAUCCCUUUACAUUUCCGGGGAGUACAAUAAGGAAACCUUUGGUGGGCAAUGGAAAACCUUUCAUGCAGAACUAAAAAAGGAGAACUUUCGAAAUGUUCUCAUCGAACUUUCAGGAGACAAAAUGGACCUUUGUGGAUUCCGUUCUGAGGUCGACAAUGUCAUUGCCCAGGUUAAGGGAUUUCUUGAGAACAAGAAAGUAGUGACAGAAGACGUCCCUCUGAAAACAUGUCAGGAGGUUGAAUUUGUUGAGUCCUUCAUGAAACUCUCAGCGGAUCCUCAGCUCAAAGCCUUGGGGGUCACCAUUUUGUCCUGCCGAUAUCCACAAUCUCCAUGUUUCAAAGUCACAGCUGCAAGUGAUCAUAUCAAAGAAGCCAUAAAUGUGGUGAAUAGGUACAUAAGAACAGUAGAAACUAGAAAUUGCAUGUACUCCAAAGCUGGUGAGGCAAAGAUCCUGAAAAAUAAUAAAUUGUUACUCAAAAUGCUGGCAAAAGGCUUGGGCUGCAAUCUCGAACUAUCAGAACAAAAUAUCAGCUAUGAUCUUAAGGGCGGUGUGACAUUGACACUUUCUCAGGGUAAUGUUGCCAAACAGACUUCAGACGUCAUUACAGUCAAAAUAAGUGCACCCCAGGGAUGUCUGGCAAGUGCUUGCAGGGAUGUGUCCUUCCCUAAAGUGGAGGUUGAGGUUCUUGGCUGCUGUUCGAGUGCCCUGGCAAACGUCAAAAAACUUGUGGAUGACCUGGUGACGAAAGAGUGGAAGCUGCUCCAAAUCAGCUCCCCCUACCUAGCCCUCCUCCUCCCCUCAGAGAAACAGGCCAUCGUGGCUCUCAGCCGGAGCCUCCAGGUGUGCGUCAGUGUGUCGGCCCCGGACAAGGCCACCGUGUCUGGGAAGGAGGCCGACGCCCUGGCCAUGGUUCUCCAGAUCGAGAAGCAUCUGCAAAAGGCCAAGGAGCGUGCGACCCGGCAGGAAGAAGAGAAGAGGCUGUGGAAGACGGUGCGCUGGGAGGUCUGCGACAGGGAGGCCUGGGCAGAACUGGACCCGUCUGUCAGUAUAGAUCUUGAGCACGCCUUGCAUAAGAAAGAGCAGCGCAUCAGCUACACCCUGCAGAACCAGACCUACACUGUGAACCUGGACAAGAUGGAGCGGACCGACAGGAAUGGAACCAUCGCUAGAAUAAAGAGGACCCUGAAGGCUGGUUCUGAAAUAGGUACAGUCCCUUAUAAUACACUUUUGUGA